GGCUCCGCCCCUCCUCUUCCCCCCUCCUCCUGCGCUAAGAUGGCGGACUGGGUGGAUUCGCUUUUUGACUCUCGAUCCUUCCCGUGCUGUGGGUUCCAGGAGUUCAGCCUUCUUCCUGGCCACAGCAAGUUGACGGAGAGAGUGAAAAAGCGACUCUACUACGGUCGAGACAUGGACUACAACAUGGAUGCUCUGUCCUGCCCUGUUACCGACAUUGCGGUGGAACUGCUUCAGAAAUCAGCACCAAGUCCUAUUCGAAAACUCCGGAAAAAAUAUGCAGCUCAUGUGGCUAGGGAAGCCUGUAUCUCACCUUGUGCAAUGAUGCUUGCUCUUGUCUACAUUGAAAGGCUACGACAUCGAAAUCCAGAGUACCUACAGCAGAUCUCCUCGUCUGAUCUUUUUCUGAUAUCCAUGAUGGUUGCCAGUAAAUAUUUGUAUGAUGAAGGAGAAGAGGAAGAGGUGUUUAAUGAUGAGUGGGGAGCCGCAGGCAAGCUCGACGUUCAAAUGGUCAACACGUUGGAGAUGAACUUUCUGCAAGCAAUUGAUUGGAACUUGUACGUAAAUACCCAGGAAUUCUUCGAGCUUUUGAGUCGACUGGAGGGAAGAGUUGCUGAGUCGCAAGGACUGAAACGAGGCUGGUUUACAUACACAGACCUAUGUGUGAUACUGGAACAGGCACUGUGGCAACAGGCGUUUACUGAACUCUACCAGCACGUUAUUAAGGUUGCCUGCAUGAUGGGACUUGUGUAUCUUACCAGCGUUGCAGGAAUUAUUGCUGGAACUGCAGUCCUGCGCCAGGCCAUGUUUUCAAAGGGCCAGAUGUGUGUGAUCGUCCAGAACCAAGAGCCUGUUUUGAGCCAGGGGGUUAUCCUGGACCCAGUGGAAUGCACCAAGGAGGCCAAAACCUUUCUGUCAACACCAUUUGAACCAGCAGCCGGUAGUUUGGCCCAGUCUGGAGGCUCUCCUUCCAGUCUUCCCUGCUGUUUCUUAGAAGCUGAUGGUAGCAGGGCAAACUCUGGCAUCGGGGUAACUGCACUGUGUCUUUGGGGGACAGUCCUGACUUCACUCACUUAUAGUAAUGACCUGAGGACCACUCGAGAGAGACCUGGAAUCGCAGUGCCCAUUUCUUGUUCAAACUGUUGUAAGCUGCAGAGUGAGAACAAGUUGGCCGUUAAAUGCCAGUCAUCAAACCAAACAUCCGUCCAGAUCACUUUUCGUCGCAACCCAUUGGAAGUUUAUGCCUCCCUCCAUUCACACAAUGCCUUGUCUCAUGUUGGAUGCGAUGGUUGUACAAAAGAGACUGAGUUAACAGGAAAGCCCCUUCAAAGCGUUGAACGACUGAUGGACAUCUUGUGUCUCCCUGGUUCCCUAAGGAUGAACAGAUGCCCUGUGGAAACAGCACUGGCAUUUAACCAGCUUGCGAUGCCAGUCUUACCCAGUUAGGAGAAGCGAGGUUCCAUCGAUCAGAUUUUUUGGAAUCGAUAGUUACAGCUAUGUCAGACUGAAUUGUUUCGUCUUCUUUGCCCCCAUCCCUAUCCAAGUUAAGAACAUUGAAAUGAUCUUAAAUCCAGCCAUGAAAUCAGCAAGACAGACAUUAAAAUCAUGACUUAACCUCAGUCAACUACAAAAAUCUGGUGUCCAGAAUUGGCAGCUAUACCUAACCGAAACAACAGUGAAAUAUGCCAUAAAUUCACCAAAUGCCAUCAAGUUUGAGCUUGGUAUGCAGCUGGCCUUUUUGUCUUCAAGACAAAAAUUACAGACACGGGGGCUAAUAUGAGCAAUAAACCUGAUUUAUAAAAAGACCCUUCCGUUUAUCCUGAUCCUUGUAUCAAAUAUCUCAAAGUGCUUUGCAUACAAUGAAUUACCAUAAAAUGCAGCUGUCCCUUACAUAGGAGAACAUAGCAGCCUUAUGCAUAGCAGGCUCUACUCAAAAACAUUACAACAGAGUUCCCCCAGGGAAAAACAAGAAGAAUGGUUUGUUUGAUGCUAUUGGGUGAGAGAGGGAUGUUGACCUGGGCAAGAGAAAUGCAGAGCAGUCAAAUUUUCUUUCACAUCCAGCCUAACAAACUGGAGCAAGAAGACAGUAGCUCUCUUUGACAUUUCAGCCGAAAGACAGUAUCUCUGGCAAAGCAACACUGCUGUGCCGUCAGCUCCCGCACAUCUGUAAUGUGUACUGACAUGUUUUGAUUGGAACCAGAAUCCGAAUUUUUUUACUGCAAAUGAAGGAAGAUAUGACGUAAACACUGUUGGUUUGUUGUACUUUGUUUAUUUUUGAGUCAUGAGCCCUAAUACAUCUGGGAUUUCAAGAUUGUAAAUUUCGAUACUUUUUAUUAUGGUGAUCGAAGAAAUUUUUUUAAUGGAGAAGUUUAAUGAAAGUGGCUAAGAAAUGGACAUGGGAUACAAAAAAAAGUCAACAUCUCUGAAAUCUUAGCCAUAUGUUGCCCUUUGAUGUUGAGAGAUAAGAAAAAAAAGGAGACACCUCUUUUAACUUUGGGAACUUAAAUUUUCAAAAACAAAACACCUUUUGUGCUAUGAGUGCCAAUUGUACUGUCUGUUGUAUUCACAAUGCAGCUUUACAGUUGGGUCUUAGAGAAUAUCAGAAGGCAAGUUUGACUUUCUGAUGGAUAUUUCUUCAAAGGGUGAGUUUUUCUUAACAUGAACCAUUUCAUUUUUGUUUCACUCCUGCAGUUAGAGAGCUUAGGAAAGCCCUGACAAAAAAGAACAAAACUCUUGAAAUGGUUCGUUGGGAAAAUUAAACUUUGGGUAUGUGUGUACCAAAGGAUUCAGCCCCAUUGAAGUGACACAAUUGAUGGUUACCACUUUGCUCUGAAGUAUUCACUGUGGAGUUGGGAAAAUCAGGCCCUGUUGGGCUAGUUGCUGAGUGAUUGAAGUGCAUCUGGAUAAGGAAGCAUUGAAGGUUAGGGAAAUUUCAUAAUUACACUUGGUUUAAUUCGGUAAUCACUUAACCAGGAUUUGGCUGCAAAGAUCAACUUUUGGUCUCUUCCAAAAGGAUUUAAUUGUGCUCUGCUGCGUGUAGAAUAUACAGUUGAAAUGUAAAUAGUUCCCUCUUCUUUCUACACAAAUGUAUAGUUCUGCAUUUUUGAUGCUGACUAUAUUUUGCAGCCUCUGUUGUAAUUUAAAACAAGGAUAAGUUCAAGAGUAAACUUCAUUCUCUCCCCAGUGCCCAAGCCUAUUUUCUGGUCUUUCCGGAUUACUGUCUUGUGGUAAGUAAGCAAUUUCUUUGAACUGCUUUGGUCCUGGUUUUUCUGAUUCCAGACGGGAUGUUUGGAGUGAUGGAAGGUAAAAUCUAGUUGGACUGCUGCUUCUGAUCACUACCUAAAUAGGCCAGGCCGUGCAGGAUAUUUGCAUUGGCAAGGUUUGUUAGAAUAGAAUUUGUCAUCACCCCUGCCCCUUACAGUUUGAGUGUGCCAGACUUUUGAGGCUUAAAACAUUGAUUGGGUUAAAUGCGGGAGGACAAGGUGUACCUGAAAGAACUCACCCAGCAAGGAUCAUGUGCCUCUGGAAACAGAAGGCAUUAGUUUAAAAAGAACACUUUGAGACAUGUUGAAGAAAUGUAGCCCCCAACAGGUGAAAUAUUUUGUAUCAGAAAACUGUACAUCCACCAGCUAUUUUGAAUUUGCGAAUUGUAGCCUUGAAAAUUUCAGCUAGUCAUUGAAUUGGUAGUGUGUCAAAAUAAUCAGAGCAGUCUUUGCUACCAAGCAUCAUCACAGCAAGUAUCCUAUAUAGUGCAAUAGGCUUUGUACCUGUUAAAUUUGGAAUGAUGUCUAGAAAGAGCUAGCAUUCUAGAAAGAUUCAAUUGCCUCCCUUCCUCUGAUCAUACUUGAUGGCCAGAGGUUUACGUUUAUGAAAGAUAAUCUAAAUUCAACAAGCAAGCAACAUUUUUGCUAUAAUGAAAACCAUCCUGGUGAAACUCGGCAGGUCUGGCAACAUCAACGGAGAAACAGAAUUAAUGUUUUCAAAUCCAGCAUAACCCUUCACUGAAUUCAAAACUUUCUGUCUCUACAGUUGCUGCCAGACCUGCAUUUCUCCAGCACUUUCUGAACUGAUUUCAGCUCUCCAACAUCUGCAGUACUUUGUUUUCAUUUUAGUGUUUUUGCUAACGUUAAGGUGGAAAUUUAUUUUUCAGGUAUUCAAGUUUAAGUAUCUAUGCACCAGUACUUUAGUGCAGGUUCCAACAGGGCUGCAGACCCAAAAGAAAAAGCUAAGCAGAAAAUGCUGGAAACCUGAAAUAAAUGCUGGAAACAUGUGGAUAUGUUGGGUGUCUGUACACAAAAACCCGUUAAGAUUUUGGCUUCCAAUGCCCCAGCCAAACAAUAGCCAUUGAUUGUUAAGGAUAUUUGAUAUGCCACCUCUGUUAGUUCUGCUCAUGUUAAGUGCUUUGCAGAUGAUGUCACACUGAAGUAUCAUUCACCCACAAGUAACACACACAUGCAGGAAACUCUCAGCUGGUCAGGCAGCAGAAUGAGAAAUACAAUCAGUGUUUUGGGUCACUGACCUUCUGUUAUUAUUUCAGGUUUCUAGCAUCUGCAGUGUUUUAUCUGUAUGCCCCUUGUAAAUAUUAAAUGCCUUUCUAUUCAACUGACUUUUGAGGAACACGGCAGGAAUAAAACAUGCAUUUUUCGGAUUAAAUUUAAUUCAAUUGUGAAAUUUCCAACAAACUUGCUUAAACAAUGUAAAGGUUCAGAGGAAGCUGAAACUUAAAAGUACUACUGUUGAGUUUUCAGUUGAUUAAAAUUAGAAUACAGUUCCAAUCUUACAGUGCAGGACGAGUGUACUAACUACAGUAUUUCUAAUUUAUUUUCAUUGGCAAAUAAUGCUGAUUAAAGGAGCACAUCUGAACUCAUUUAAUUUCUUUUUAACAGGACUUUAUUGUUACAGUUCAUUUAUUAUGACUGGGCUUUCCUUCCACAGUACUCUCCUUAAGUGAAAUUCUUAUUUGGUUAAUGCAGUUGUUGUGACGGAAUACUUCCUUUUGUUAUAACACAGUUUCACUCUGUAAAGACGCACCCACUUAUAUAUUUAACACAUUCGAAAUUGUUACAUGCUAGUAUUAAAAACUGCAGAACUAUUCCUGCAUUUUUAUGGUUUCGCUAGUUUUGUACUCUUGUCAGUUCGUUGUGAUGUAUCUAUAAUUUUCAGGAUUAUUUGCUGUACUGUGGUCACAUCAUUUUCAUAUCAUUGUUUGUUUCAGCUAACUUCUAAUAAAUGAUCUCAGUUGCAUUUAAAUUAA